AUGCGCUUCCCUGCCUUUUCCUUCCUCCUCGCGCUUCCUUCCUUUACUGUAGCGCUCGAUUCCGCUCCCAACUUGCCUGGUGCCAUCGAUAGUUCCCCUGCUCUCUUCCAGGAUGGCGAGAUUUCCCCUUCAAAGACUGAAGGUGAAGCGUCGAGCCUUGGUGACAAGUAUGACCAGCUCUUGGCCAUGGUAGACACUGUGAAGCAGGAUCCUGCUCCUGAUCUUUUUGACCUGCCCAAGCAGGUCAAGCUUAUGAAAGAGAUGGAGUCCUUCAACGCCACGGUGGAUUCCGUAGACUCGGUGAUCAACGCGAUCUUGGACGAAAACAACGAUCUGAUGAUUCCUCAGUUUCAAGAGCUCUUGCUGGCGGUGCAAGACAAGCUAGCGCAGACCCGUAGCUUGGCUUCGAGCAUUGCCGAAAUGGAAAUUGCUGCUCUUGACAGUAGAGCUCCAGGACGCCGUCUUGAUGAAAGUCCCCAGGAAGCCAGGAUCCAGGCUGACGGGACUGUGACAUUUGACCUAUCGGAGGCCGCUGCUACCCAGAAGACCAAGGACCUCCACACCAAGAUCCACAGCAAGUUAGACCCUGGUCGUAAAGUCAAGACUCACCCACGCUUCAAGCGCCAUUUUGACCUGCACGACGCUUUCCAAAAGGGAAGCCAUGGCUACAUCCAGCAAAAGAUUGAACACUUCCACAAAAAGGCAGCUCCGAGCAAGAAACAGGUUGAAGUCACGAACAAUGCUACAAUUGAGGUGGACUAUGAGGAAGACUAUGUCGACUCAGAUGGACAGCGUCGUCGCCGUCUCAACAGCAAGAAUGUGAGACGAGAGCAUUGUGAGCAAAUGGUUGGCUGCCUUUCCACUUGGUCCUUGUAUGAUCUUGUGGUCUACUUUUAUGGGCCGUAUGUCAACGACGACGGUGAAAUCAGCGAUGAGGCUGAGUCCAAGUUGGAUAAAGGCAUGUAUGGGCAAAUCAAGCGCAUCACCGACGUGAUGAAGAAGUUUGACAAGAAGAACUUCUACAAAACGAAAAACCUUGAUAACACUUGUCGAGAUCUUUUGGGGAAAUUUCAUCAGAUCCAGAACCACGACGAAAAAUUCCUCGAAUACCACGGCUCCACGUGGACCAGUGUCUGUCGAGCAGAAGGUGCCACAAAGUACAUCAUGUUCAGUGAGAUCAGGGACAAGGUCGGAGCAAGUAAUGAGAGGAAGGCCAUUGCUGACCAGGUUCAUGAAGAAUACGUCGCAUGUGCCAUGAAGCUAGGCGAAAAGUCUUUCUUUGACAAAAGUGGCGCCCCACGGCUUCCAACGGGAUUGAACAGUCGAGCCAGAAAUGGUCACUACCAGCCAAAGUCUCCCUACAAUUCGAACAACAACUUCAAGUUCGAGACUUUGUCCGUGAUGCAAUCAGCGGAGUCGACCAACAGCUUUAAGAUGCCAAAGGAUUUUGCUAAGUUUUGGAAGACCGGAAACAAGAAUAAGUCCAUUGAACCUGACUGGUACUCGUGGAGCAAGAAGCAAAACGGCUACACCAAAAAGAGCGCACAUUACAAAGACAGAGAUACAUGCAGGAUGAAGGUCGACAAACAUUACAAGGGUGAAUUCGAGAAGAAACCUUCUGUCAUCUUUGAAGGGGGCAAGAAAAGGACUUACGAUGACCUCAAAAUCAGAUGUAAAAUCAGUGGCAGCUAUACCGUUUGCAACGUCUAUUCAGGGAAAAAACUAGUCUGCCACGAAGCACAGUUCCGAAAUAAAGAUAUCGGGGACAGGUGUCCUGCUGAUUCCAUUAUUGGAGCAAUCAAGCUUCCCUUCAUCUCAAGAGGGAGGGUCAAAACCAAGACCAUUCGGUUUCCGUGCGAUCAAGAGAGAGUGUACAAGGUAGAGACCAUCUUCAGGUCUGCGACCGACAUGGACAAGUCAGCUGCUCUUUUCGUCGGUGAAAAAGUCAGUGUGGGAUCGGUCUGUGCCCACGCAGAAACCACUGGCAAGGUACCCGGAUUCUGCUGCGUGGAGCAGCCAUAUCAACGAAGUGGCGAUUUUUGGGGCACUGAAUUCUCUUGCGAUCUUGGAGAAAGCAAAUGCAAGUCCAAAGCGUCCGGGUUGGCCGGGUUCUCUCAGGAAUCGUGCAGUGCGUACUCUGGAAAGUUUUGUGCCUACCAUCGUGACUGUUCGACUUUGAAAACCUGCGUGGCAGAAGAGGUCAAAUGGGCGACUGGCAAGAAAAAGCAGGCUUACCUUGCAUAUGUGUCCGAAGCGCCGGAACUAGAAGACACAGGAGACGCUGAUCAGUGCGGGCAGGUUAGGGUUUACUUCGGUUUUGAGGAGGACUUCCCAGAUGAUGAGGAGAUUUGCGAGGACGUCCAGUUCCUGAGAGAAAAGACUGAAUUCAAUAAUCUUGAUAGUUUCUUGGGCAGUGGAAGCAGCGGUGGCGGAGAAAUCUCAGCGAAUGAUGGAGGCGAAACGGAGGAGCUCAAUGCCCCUGAAGAACCCGAGGUGCAAGAAAAGGCCCUCGACAAACUCUCCAAAACCAUUUACGUUUUUGACCAGACCUUGAAUUCUUUGGAGGAGUUCUACUCCAUUGCGGCAGACUUUGAGUGCCCUGAGGAUCUCACUGGAGGUGUCAAGACAGUCUGUGCGGUUGCAAAGAACGUUCUUGUUGUCGUUGCAACCGUCGCGUUCUUUGUCUCAAAGCGAGUCUUUUCAUCUUUGGAGGAUAGCUAUCCGGGCUUUGAGGAUUUUGGGUGGUACGAGAUCUACUCUCAAACCAUGGUGUCCUAUGACAACAUGGUUAUUCUCAAUGGCGGGAUCGCUGCCAUCAAGGGACAGAAUGUGGACAAUACGGAAGCACUCGCAGACCACAUCGAUGAUCGUGUAGACACGUUGAAAGAUCAUGUGGAGGAGGUCAUCACCGAGCACAUCGACUCGGUCUGCGGUGCUGUACGUCGCCAGCUGGGCAAUGUUGAGCCCUCUAAAGCAAAGUUCGCCGGUUGCGAUGGGCACGACCAAGACGGUGAUGGUGUCGCCGACAACUGCGAGGAGGAUCUGUUCCCACCUACACUUUCAUUCUCGUCCGCUUUGGAAUUUGUAAACAAUGGCGAGACAAACCAACUCCAGGGCAAAGUCUUCCGCGAUGCAAACGAGGCAUUGAGUUUGUUCCGAGGAGCUACCAACAUCGUCGAUGACUGCUCUUUAGCUCAAGACCUUGAUGUAAAGAUGGCAGUGCAGGAGUCUGGAGUGUGUCAGAGCGCCAUCUCGAUGACCCCCGUUCAGCGAUGCAACGACCGGGAAGUUCUGGGACUUUCGAAGCAAGUUGUCGUCCAGAUGGAUACUCAGGCACCCGAGGUAACAUGCGGCUUUGAAGGAUCCCAAAUGGGUGACAAGAAGACUCUUGUAGUUGAAGAAGGCAGUGACAUCUUCGAUGCUGGAUUCGUCUACCAGGUGGAUGAUUCGUGCUCGAAGAAAGUUGCUCUUGAGCUGUCCGUCAAUUCUAACGAGUUUGAUGGUUCCAAUGACAACGUGCAUCUCGCCAAGACGCGCGAUCGUAAAACCAUGUCCAUCAACCCCCAGGUGUUUGUCAAACCCUCUCGUUGCGCCUCCUCAAAGGGUGGAUUCUGCGUCAACGAUGCCAUCGAGCAGCGCAUCUACGAAAUCACUUUGAAAGCAACGGAUGAAGCUGGAUGGAUUAGCAAAGAUGUCUGCCGCGUGAUCGUCGUGCCCAAGAAGGAAGCAACCGAGGAGCGAGAACUCCGGGGUGUAGCAUCGGUUGCCCUCUCGGAGAAAGAAUCCGCGAAAUUGGUCACUGACUCUCAAAAGAGCUACGAGAUCGCCUCAACUUCGUGGACCAACAUCAUUCAGAAGUAA